GUUGCCGAAUGUGAGAGGAACGGAAAUGUCGUCUUCUUCAAAACAUCCUUCCUCAAACAUAUGCCGACGAGAACCGUUCCCGAACAACACAGAAUCCGGGGCCCCUCAAAGUUAACCGCUGCAGGAACAAGUCAUUUCUCCACCGAUCCGAGCUGCGUGUUCAUGUUGGCCUGUUGAUUUCGACUGCUUUUAUUCGAACGCUCCACCGAGCCUGACGGGUUCCACCUUCUCCGCGGUUCAGCAAGCCGAAUUGUGAGGAAAUCUCGAUCGAAUCCAGGCCUGCCCACCACUCAGAUCCUACCAACCGAAUCUUACCCCGGAUUGCGCAAUACGGAAAUCAUGGGGAAUGAGGCCGAAGCGAUGAGGGCGCCUGCCGACCCCGAGCGUCAGGAUUUGCCAAACCACCCCGUGGGAUCAAAAGGUCAUGAACAAGAUCCUAUUGCGCCACCCGCGUUUUCCAACGACUCAGGCGGCAUCAUCGAGAAGGAAGAGGGAGAAUUGAUCAACUUCAAGACAUUACACUGGCUGCAAGGAGGCAUCGUUCUCGUGGCAGAGACGGUAUCACUCGGAAUCCUAUCGCUCCCAUCAGUCCUUGCGACCGUCGGGCUAGUCCCCGGAGUCAUUCUUAUCUGCGUCAUCAGCGCUCUGGCGACCUACUCUGGGCUUCUACUAGCCGACUUCCGAAAACAGUACCCCUUCGUCCAGCACUUCGGCGAUGCGGUCGAGCUGGUUGGUAGGCCCAUUGGUAUGGGUGGCAUCUUCCGAGAGGUCUUUGGAUGGGCCCAGACUAUUCUGCAAGUUUUCCUCAUGGGAGGUCAUAUUCUACUGUGGACGAUUUGCAUGAACACCCUCACGAACAGCACAACAUGUACCGUUGUCUGGGCUGCUGUUGGAAUGUUGGUUUUCUGGGUCUUCAACGUCCCUAGGACCUUGAAGUGGACGAGCUGGAUGUCAGCAACUUCAUGCGUGUCCAUCGUAAUUGCUGUUCUGAUCACUGUUAUUGACGUUGCCAUCGAGAAGCCAAUUGGAAGCGGCUCAAUUGACGUCUUCAAGUCUCUCGGCUUUUCUCCCGCUUUUCUGGCUGUCACCAACAUUGCAGGCGCUUUCUCAAGCCACUCGAUCUUCUUCAGUGUCAUCGCCGAAUUCAAGAACCCCGACGACUGGCCAAAAGCACUUGCUUUCCUUCAGAUCACGGAUACAACUCUCUACAUCAUUGCUGCCGUCAUCAUCUACGUUUACGUAGGCCCCGAUGUGCCUUCGCCAGCUUUGUCUGCGGCUGGUAGUGCAACUAUUAGGAAAGCAAUUUGGGGUGUCGCAAUUCCCACCAUUGCCAUUGCCGCCGUUAUUUACGCCCACGUCGCAUCUCAGUACGUUUUCACACGUAUCUUUGGUAAUACCAAGCAUGUUGUGAGAAGGACAAGAGUAUCGACUAUUUCUUGGCUUCUCAUUACUUUGGGUAUCUGGGGAAUUGGCAUGGUGAUUUCCGAAUCCAUCCCCGUCUUCAACAACCUGCUGGGACUCGUCUCUGCUGCGUUUGCCAGUUGGUUUUCGUUCGGACUUCCAGGCAUUUUCUGGCUUUGGAUGCACAAAGGCCACUGGUUCUCAAGCUGGCAGCAGAAGUGUCGGUUCGCGGGAUCCUCGCUGCUUUUGCUGGUAGGAAUUCUGCUUUGUGUACUUGGAUUGUGGGUCUCUAUUGAGUCCAUCGCGAAUGGUGGAUCUUCUGCGAAACCUUGGACAUGCGCCAGUAACGCCGCAGAGUAAUGCGUCUUCUUAGCAAGGAACAUUGACAUAUGUAGUCAGGUCCUGUGAACUACCAUUAUGCGAAAUCUCGAUCGAUCUUAUGAAAAAAUAUACAUAUUAACUUAA